UGCUCAUUUACUUUCAUAACGCUUUUUCAUAAGAGCGUCGCCAACCGUCAGAUUUUUAUUUCGAGCACCGCGGAACUUCGCUGGGGGACUGGUCCGACAAGCAGUGUUGCAAGAACACCUGCACUUGGCUGACUUUCUCUUCUCCUAAAGGGAAAUCCUUGGGAAACUAAUAUCAUGGUGAAAACUGAUGUCACAAUGAAAAUAUUUGCAGCACAGCUACAGAACUGAUACUUCAGCCUCUGCAAAGGCUCUGCUUACACUGGGUGUAAGAGCAGUCACAAAGACAAUUUUAACACAGGGAAAUAGAAUACAAAUUAAGUACAGUUUGGCUAGACAGUGUCAGAGUGAAGCACACAAUUAAGUGGUAUUUAAAAAGUGUUUUCUCACCACAUCACAUAGCCAGACUGUGCUUGAAUUUGCAAUCCAGUGAGCUGUUUUGAAAAUAUGUCAGGGAACUGCGGAAUUCAGUGUGAGUAGAGCCUUAACAUUUAUUGCGAGGUCUGAAUACCAAAAAGAAAAGAUGGCCUUGUGUGAAACUGAAAAGACAGAGCAAAAUACCCCGAUGAAUCCACGUGAAGUAGAGAAUGGAGAAUGUAACAGAAGCAUAAGUAAUGUAAGCAUCAAACAUCUCAGCAGAGCAGUCUUUUCGAAAUCAGUGGGAUUUCCACAUGGUUUGUGGAGUCGUGAAAACUACAGAAGAGCUGUUGCCAUAGCAGUUGGGAGCAUGAUACUUAAUGUCAUCAUGAUGAUCUUUCUGAUCAUUGCAUUAUCAGCGAGAGGACUGGAAGUAUUGCCAACUGCUCUACCUUCUCCUUCUACUCUAUUUGACAGCUGCCCAGAUGGCUGGGUUGGCUACCAAAGGAGAUGCUACUAUUUUGCAGAGUCUGAAGCAAACUGGACAUCUAGCAAGAUCAGCUGUGCUUCUUUGAAUGCUUCUUUGGCUGUGAUUGACUCCCCAGAAGAGAUGAACUUCUUGAGACGUUAUAAGACUCGUGCUGAUCACUGGAUUGGUCUCCAAAGAGAUCUAGAAAUAGAGCCCUGGAAAUGGAUCAACGGUACCAUUUUCAAUAACUGGUUUCAGAUUGGUGGUGGAGGAGAAUGUGCUUACAUAAACCAUAAAGGUAUUGCCAGCUCCAGCUGCAUAAGGGAAGAACCUUGGAUCUGCAGCAGACCAGCUGGCAGAUGACAAAGGGCAUUGGAUAUGCACUGCACAGGCUUCUAACUCCUACAGGUCACACUCAAUCAGAUGUGACCCGUCAUUUGCUGAACCUGCACCACCAGAAAGUUCUGCAAUCAGGAGAGGAAAGGAGAGAGGCCAUGGAACUGUGUGAUCACAGGCUUGUGGACUCUGAAAAAAAAAAAGAGCAUGGAUUUCUAGAAACUUUAUGCCACUAGCAGAAUGAUGUCUCAUAGCUGCCUUGAACUAAGGAUUAUUUCAUAACCACUGCCCAUGUUUUCAGUGGAUGCCCAGCACAUUUGAGGAUUCAGAGAAAACUCGUCUCUUUAUUUAUUUAAAAAAGAUUUCUGUACUGCUCCUAAGCAAAGAUCGGGGUGGUUUAUUUAGUUUUGGAGUGAGCUGUACUAUAUGUAUACAAAAAUUACAAUGUAUAAAGUACUUUUACUGCAUAGGCUGUGAACCUUCCCAGACAGGGCUGAUCUUGCUACUUUUUUUUAAGCUGAGGCUGGUGCACCAGCUGCACCUUUUCCCAGAAAGGGACAUAUGACUAAAGCUAUGUGCACAUUAGUUACUUAAAAAGCAGCAAUACCAUUUUGUCUGGGUACAGUCUGAAGCGGAUCUGCAUAUGGCUGUAUAUGGCUAUACACAUAUGUAUUGUUAUGCAGGUGGGAAGUCUGAAUAUACCCAGCCCCACUACUGAUAUCAGAACUUUCAGGAUGGCCCAAAGAAAGCGUUUCCAUUGGACACACCUCCGAGUCACAACGGGUUGAUCAACCAAAUAGUUUUGAAGUUGGUGUAAAGCUGACUUGUGAAAACACACUCGAUCUCAAAAAUCCCAGAUUUUGAGUGAAAAGGGUCCAAGUUUGACUGACGUUGUAUGUACAUGCAUUCACAAAACAGAGGUGGAGACGCAAUGAAAUCAGUAUAACUGCAAGUAUGUCUGCAGCUUGAGUUAUAUCUAGACUGGACUGUUGUAACGUGCAGUACAUGGGGCCAACUUGAAGAGUCUCCAGAAACUUCAGCUGUUCCAGAAUGUGGCAGCAAGGAUUUUGUAAACUAUGGGAGUUCUUCCUGCUUUCUCUUAUUUAAGAAGUCUUGUUUAAGAAGAAGAAGAGUUAAGGAACUUACAAAACUACUUCUGCACAAGAAAUGUUGGAAUAUGUGGUUCAACUUGAACUUGUGGGUUGAGGCUGCAUGGGGUUAAAAGGGUAGCUAGAGAGGAGACCUCCUGAUUGCUAGGCUAAUACCUAUCCUAUCAUCUCCUGCUGACUCUCCCUUCCUGCUAGACUGAUAUGCUAGGGUGUUGACCACAUCUCCUUCUUCAUUCCUUCCUCUUCUUUCUCUUGAGAGGGAAAGCAGACAUCUUCUCUCUGUCUCUCCCUCUCCUCCCCAGCAUGAGGGCAAACACUAGGCUUAGUGUUUGCAUCUCCAACUUAGCUAGUUAGCUAGAUGUAGAACUCUUUCCUAUCAAGUAUGUAUUUCCAGAAUAAUGUAAUUAUUUCUUAUUUUAAAGCUUAAAAUCUCUGUCUGACUAA